UGGCGUCCCGGGCGUUCCUUAGCAAUGGCGGCACUGUCUGUGUCCGGCGUUAUGAGACGGAGCCUCACGCGGGCAGCCUCUUGGACUCUAAGCAGACCUCUUUGGUCUGGGUCCAGAAAAGAAGAAAAGCCAGUGGUAGUUGAGACAGUAGAAGAAGUGAAGGAAGAACCCAGCCUUGUGUGUCCACCCUUACGAAGCCGAACAUAUGUUCCACCUGACGACCUCCAGAACCGUUUGGAAUCCUGUGCCAAAGAGGUUUUUGGCUCAUCUGUUUCUAGCAGUUGGCAAGACAUCUCUCUGGAAGAUGGUCAUCUAAAGUUUAAUUUCCUGAAACGGUUAGCUGAUGACUUGGGCCACGCAGUACCUAAUUCUAGACUUCACCAAAUGUGCAGGGUCAAAGAUGUUCUGGAUUUCUAUAAAGUCCCUAUUCAGGAAAGAUCUAAAUUUGAUGAUCUUCUUGCCAGUAAUCUGCCUUCUAAUUUAAAAAUUACUUGGGGGUACUAAGUGGAUCAGAAGAGGAAUACAUUGAAAUCAUCGGGCUCUCACCCCAAAACCCUAGGCAAGUGGGCUGAUGCUUUCAGACUUGAAUCCUAUUUAACCUUGAGGAGCACUAUCAGAACUGGUCUCUAAACCCACUUUUUGUGGAAGAAAGUUUAUCUUUUUCCUCAUACUAUGAACAGAGUUUUCUCUUCAUACUUGCUGAAACUUUUCAUAGACCACUAAUUUAUGAAAAUGUUCUUCAGAAGACAGUAUAAUGUAGAUUUAAAUAGGUCACCACUACAAGUUUUUUCAGAGGCAGAAAAUAGUAUAUGAAAGUGUUUUGAUCCUGUUAGAACUAUUAAAUCUAAGAAAGAGGGUAUUACAUGUAGUACAUGUACAAACAAGGAAAUAUAUUUGUAAAAGAAACAUAAAAGAAUAUAAUUUAAAAUGACAAAAGUGUCUUUUUCACUUUAAUAUUCAAGUAGAAAUAAAAAUACUGAUAUGCAUUAAAGUAAUAAAGUUUUUUUGAAGUGUU